AUGCCAUUGAGGAGCUCCAGCGCUGCCAUCGCACCGAUGUUGCGUGUGCCUCGCAGCACCACCAGCCCAGUGACCACGCGAACGACAUUCAUCAAUGGUAGAGCCUCCAGUAUGCUCGCUACCUGCGUCAUUCAACCCAUCGAUAUCAUCAAGAUUGCCAUGCAAUAUGAUGAAGGAACCGAAGUUGACAGGAAAGGCAUUGGACGUAAGGUUCCUGAAAAAGUAAACGACACAUAUAGUGUGGAGCUGGAAAACAAGGAUUUUGCUUAUGAUGGAGAGAAGAGCUUAUUUACUGUUGGGCAGCUCCCUCAUAAAAAACUUGAUUUCACAGUAGUACUGGAUGACAUAUCAUCAAGUAGGUCUAGGACGAAUGGGGGAUCUGGGGGCAGUUACUCCCUAGAAGAGAGUCAGGGCAAUAGGAAGAGAGUCAAGCAGUCAUUUCAAUCCAAAACAAUAAAGGUACAGGUCAACUUUGCUGCUAAAAUCCUAAUGCAAGCAAUCACGAAUGCCUUGCGAGGUCAGGACUCUGACCAUUUUAAGGAAGCAGUUAGAGUUCUUGACAUCAUUAUAAGGCAGAAUGCAGCAAAGCAGGGUUGUCUCCUUGUUCGGCAAUCUUUCUUCCAUAACAACCCGAGGAACUUCAUAGAAUUGGGAGGAGGGGUGUUAGGCUACAGGGGUUUUCAUUCAAGCUUCUGGGCCACGCAAGGCGGCCUAUCCCUGAAUAUGGAUGUGUCCACUAUAAUGAUUGUAAAACCUGGUCCUGUUUUGAAUUUCCUCAUGGAGAACCAGAAUGUCAAAACUCCUUACCAGAUUGAUUGGAUUAAGGCUAAGAGGAUGCUAAAAAAUCUAAAGGUUGAGACCUAUGCUUCCAAGACGGAGUACAAAAUCACUGGAUUAAGCGAUAAACCCUGCAAACAGCAGACGUUCUUUUUGAAAUCAAAAGGAGGACACGAUGGAGAUGGAGAAGAGAUCACUGUUUAUGAAUACUUUGCCCAGCAUCAGCACAUGCAGUUACGCGAUUCAGCAGAUUUUCCCUGCAUCAAUGUUGGAAAACCAAAGAAACCUUCUUACUUUCCCCUAGAGCUUUGUAAUUUGGUUUCCUUGCAACGCUAUACCAAGGCUUUAUCCAAUCUCCAAAGGGCUUCACUAGUGGAGAAGUCUCGGCAAAAACCCCAGGAGCAAAUGUCAACUUUGCGUGAUCUUGGCGGAAUCAACUCCUUGCUAAUGGUGGAGCAUCCUCCUUCUCUACCCUUGGUAUCCAAGUCCCCUACUCUGAUUUUAGGGAUGGAUGUGUCACAUGGCUCACUUGGGCGUUCCGAUGUGCCUUCUAUUGCAGUGGUGGUCAGUUCCAGGAAAUGGCCUUUGAUUUCUCGUUACCGAGCUGCAAUUCGUACUUAA